GGAAAUAAACCAAACAAGGAACGACUACUAAUCUGUACGUUUUCCAUAUAUGUUUAUAUUUGCAACUUAAUAACUGAGGUGUAGAGAUGUUACACGAUUUGGGUUUUAAAUACAAAUAUGUUGUUUUGUUGGUUUGGAAUAUAGGUGUUUUCAGCUGCCCAAACAAAUAUGCUAAAGAUGGUUCAGAAGAAUGCAUUUUCAAUUUCUUUCCAAAUGGAACUGUUUGCCAAGAAUGUCCCGCUGGGUAUUUUGGAAAUAACUGUUCCAAGCUGUGUAUCCCACCUGCUUAUGGGUGUUCGUGUACUCAGCGAUGUGACUGCCCAAUAUGCCAUUACAUUGUAGGAUGUAUCUUUACUCCAAAAUCCACGAUUACUGAUCCAGAAUUCACAGCAGGGGGAAAUGCAGAACCUCAAAAAACUAUGAAACCUCGUGAUUCCACCAACUUGAUUAUCACUUUAAUUGGAGUUGUGAUCACACUUGCCAUACUCUUCUCGAUAUUCCAUGCAUUACGCAAACAUUGUUCUUUUGAAUAUGUGAAUGGAAUAUGUAACAAAAAUGUCGAGGAAGAUUACCAAGAAACUGAGUCUGUUUAUCAUGAAAUGGAUGAGACACGCAUUUCAAAAAAUUGAAAAUAUGUAUUAUUAUUUUUCAACAAAACUUCGCAACAAUUAACAUUAUGCCAGAUGGAUCACCAUGUUUGCAAUCAAUUUUGUUACAAUAAUAAAAAUAGUUAUGAUGACGGAUGUUUUUUGAAAUCUUAGCCAACAUUAAAUGAAUAGACUCUGACCAAAAGAAUCAUGAUUCAAUAGAGUAAAACUACCAACUAUACUCAAUUAAUGUUAUGUCAAAUUUAUUCCUUAUGUUUUUCGAUCUAACAACCUUUUCUGUCAAGUCGAUAGUUUAUACGGAAUAUAAAUCAUAAAACGGUUUCAAAGCGUUUAACUAUGCCAUUUUUUUUUCAUUUUUUAUAAGAAAAGGCAGUUAUAUUUAAUAUAAAAUUAUAUAAUCCCCUUGGUAUAAUAUUCUCUGAACUAAAUUCUGUUUACCUUAGUUGGAAAUCAUUUGCACCAUAUGUAUACUAAAAAUAUGCAAUUCUAAGAGAGAGAUUCGUAUAACCCUUUUGGCUUGUUUCCCAAUCUUAUUGUACUUUAUA